AUGAAAAGCAUCAUCCUUCGCGAGGCCGUGCUCUCAACCCUUGUGUGGACGGCUGGCGACUUCAUGGCGCAGUUCUACGUGGCGCACCGUGACCCCGCGAAGCGACGCGUAGCAGGAGAGAAACGCGCCGGUGAGAAACUGUCCCCGCAGCAGAUGCUGGCGCUGCUGGAUAUGCCACGGCUGGGACAGGCGGCGGCGUUCGGCCUGCUCUUCUCUCCGCUUGUCGCCGGCUACCACAAGUUCAUUGCCCGCGCUGUCGGCAUGACUUUACGCAAUAUGAAGGCGUCCGUCGCCGCGCUCACGGUGCAGCAGUUUUUCUUGACGCCGCUGGCGCUGCUUGCGUACUAUAACGCCAUCACGGCGGUGCGCGGCGGUUUCGCCGACCCAAGUUUCCUUCGCGCGUAUGAGAAGGAUACUCGCGCGAAACGCCACUACGACGCCAUGUCGGUGGAAUGGCGCAUUCUGCUGGACGUGAUGCCACUCCCGUUCCUUGCGUCGUGGGCCGUCUUUGCGCCGCUCACUCUGCACGCGUACUUCUCCGUGUACCGCUCGCCCGCUGUGCUGCGUGCUCUUUUCCUCCCCCCAUGGGCGGCGUACGUGUCGUACACACAGUCGACGCAGCUGCUUUAA